CGUCUUUCACAUCCUGGAGAGCAGUAAGUUGUAGCAGUCUGGUUCAUUAUCGCCACCAGUCUACCAGCGCAACAAGCUUGUCCUCCACGAGAUUGAUGCCGUCUAUGUGCACAGAAAAUGACCGGAGCGUGACUGUGGAGAACGCCAGGGUUGUCCGGACGUUUCCACUGGGUACACUGGAAGUUUGCUGAUCGACAAACUCGAGCCUCCUGCGCCGUAUAAGUCCAGGCCUCAUGGAGCUGAGAACUGGACACCUGCUGUGCACCAGGGAGCUUGAUCCAUGCCCGGUUCCCAGCAAGCAACCAUAAGGGGUGGGAAUCUUAAUUACCCCUCAGUUCCUUUUCCCAUCCCUCCCCCUAAAUUGCACCUAUAGAGAUAUUGUCCUCUGCUGUCUCUGGCCUGCAACAUGAUUGGCAAGCUGAAACAGAACUUGCUGGUGGCCUGUCUGGUCAUCAGCUCAGUCACAGUGUUCUACCUGGGCCGCCAUGCCAUGGAGUGCCACCAUCGCAUCGAGGAGCGCAGCCAGCCAGUUGGAAUUCUGCCUCUGUCAGCAAUGGGUGGCAGCAUGCGGACCACUUUGCGGACAGGCCAGAAUCUUAGUACACCUUUUGUUUACAACAAAGACAUGCCACUCAUCUUCAUCGGCGGUGUGCCCCGAAGUGGAACCACGCUGAUGCGAGCAAUGCUUGACGCCCACCCAGAGGUACGCUGUGGCGAGGAAACCCGUGUCAUCCCACGUAUCCUGGCCAUGAAGCAGAUGUGGAGCCGCUCAGGCCGGGAGAAGAUGCGCCUGGAUGAGGCAGGUGUGACAGAUGAGGUGCUGGACGCCGCCAUGCAGGCCUUCCUGCUGGAAAUCAUUGUCAAACAUGGAGAGCCUGCAAACUUCCUGUGCAACAAGGACCCUUUUGCACUGAAGUCGCUUGCCUACCUGGCUAAAAUAUUUCCCCAUGCCAAGUUUGUACUGAUGAUUCGUGAUGGGCGGGCUUCAGUCCAUUCCAUGAUCUCACGGAAGGUGACCAUUGCUGGCUUUGAUCUGGGCAGCUACCGGGACUGCCUGACAAAGUGGAAUCGGGCCAUAGAGACCAUGUACACUCAGUGCCUGGAGGCAUCAGAUAAAUGUUUACCAGUGCACUACGAACAGUUGGUCCUCCAUCCCGAGAAAUGGAUGAGGACACUGUUGAAAUUCCUUGACAUUCCUUGGAAUGAUGCUGUUCUCCACCAUGAGGAGCUCAUUGGGAAAGCUGGAGGAGUGUCCCUUUCCAAGGUUGAGAGGUCUACAGACCAGGUCAUCAAGCCUGUCAAUGUGGAGGCCUUGUCCAAGUGGGUGGGGAAGAUCCCAGCAGAUGUGGUGAGAGACAUGGCUGUCAUUGCACCAAUGCUGUCCAGACUGGGCUACGAUCCACACGCCAACCCUCCCAAUUACGGCCGGCCUGACCCCAAGGUCCUGGACAACACCAGAAGGGUCUUUAAAGGUGAAUUUCAGCUACCAGAUUUCCUAAAAGAACAAUCACAACAGAUCCAGAAGUCUGCAGAAAGACCAAACCCCAGUUAGAGCUGAAGGAGUACAUCACCUCAACACACAGUACAGGAGAACAGAAAAUCAUGGACGUCAUCUCAGCCAUCUCACCGUCUGCGUUGGGUCUUGCAUUUCCAAGGUGACAUGACCACAGCUGGACUUUCUCCUCCACCAAUAAUCGUCUGCGGAGAACUCUUGGCCUUCAAUAUUGUACUGUAUAAAAAUACUACAGGUUCCCAAAACCACAGAAUGUCUGCUGAUUGUUAUUUUGGUGUCACAUCACACACUGAUCUUUACAAGUGAUCUCUGGCUAUUUAGAAAAAACCAUUGUGAUCCUAUUGUAAGAUACUGCAGUGAACUGAAAUCACAAGUAUUUAUGAAUGGAAAAAUUGCUUUUGGAAGAUGCAAUACCUAUUUUAAUGUUUAAUAUUUUUUCUUUUUCAUGCCUUUGUAUUGUGCAAUGUCAUGCUGAUCAGUUUCAAUUAUCAACCUCGAUAAAUAAUGCUUUUUUUAA